AGAGCGACAAAACAGCGCUGCGAAGCCAACAACACAGCUUCAAACUGUCGCUCCUACUGUUAUUGCUACUGCGCAAGCGUCUGUCCGACGUCCGUCCGACGUCGCUUAAACGAUGCUAGCAGUAGCUUGAUGCAAGCUCAGUUUGAAAAUGCGAAUUCAUUAAAAAGCUAGAAUUCGUGCGGUGCGGACGUGUUGAACUUAAAGCGCGGCUUAAAUAUUAAUUUUGAAAAAUUCUACAUCUAACGCUGCAUUACUUAAUAUUUUUCUGCAAAUUUAUUGUUAAUCAAAUAUCAAAAUAAAAAGUGCUAAACAGCCGCUAGUAAAAAAAGAAAACAACAACUGCAGAGCAAACAAUAUGCUGUCGACAUCACGACAAAGCCCUCGGCAGGGUUUAAGCUUAUUUUGGAUUAUUGCCGUUACUGCUGUCUCCGUAACGCUUUGGAGUGGGUCAAUUGUAUACGUAAAUGGAGCGCCCGCUAAACUCGAUUCUAAUGUAGCACCAUUUUCAUUAGAAUUACAACCGCCAUUACUGAGUGAUAUUGAUGCUGACGCUGAAGCCAUCAACAAUGAUGCCAUCGAUGCUUACAAUAGCAAAUCCGCAACUACAGCAGCUAUUGACAGUUACGGAAAUCCGAUUGAAUCAUUAAAACCCAUUGAUACGCCCGAUGGUAGAAAAGUUGUUAGCGCACAAGGUUUACAAUUUGAAAUACCAAACUAUGCUUCGGGCAUAACCGAUAUAUCAAAGCCCGCUGAUGAUUUACUACCACCAUUUGUUGAAAUAGAAAUCGGACGAAAUGACUCAGAUAAUGCCGAUAUGGUUGACCAAAAUAAUAAUAACAAUAAUAACGUUAGUUAUAAAGAUAAUGACGUAUUGGGAGUUAUAGUGGCCAAAGAUGAACUUAAAGAAACACCUGAAAGUAUUACACAACAAAAUCCAAAAACAGAUAAUGAACAUGAUUUAGAAUACGAAAAUAACAACAAUGACAACAUUAACACAAUUAAUAAACACGAUGAACAACUAAAACCAGAGCAACAACUACAACAGUUAGAUAUAGAUAAUACGGUUAAAGCCAAUGCAUUACUAUCAAAAUUUUUAGAAAAUAUUAAUAAUAGUAGUUACACAGCAAAAGUAGCACAAAACUUUAGCACUAAUUCGACAACAGCAGCAACAAUGCUUCCAUUAAAUAAUGCACCAGCACUAGCACAACCACAACGUGCUUCACAUCCUUCACCAAUCAAAAUUUCACUUUUUAGUCAACCUUAUACCCAACUUCAUGAGAGCAAUCAUAAACCCACUUACACACCCAUUCAAACUGUAAAUGAUGCCACUUCUCAUACCACAAAUAAAAAUUCCGUUCAUUCUAACUAUCAUUCUGAUAUUCCCACUACACUAUCUUCUAGUCAGGUCUCGUCUAAUUAUAUGACUACUUUUUCGCCUUCUUCUUUAUCUAUUACUUCGUACCCAACUUCUACUUCUUACGUUGGUCCCCUUAGUAAUGGUAAUUUUAAUUAUCCAAAUGUCCCAACUGAUAUAUCCAUUAUCAAUCGUAUAGCAGCUAAAUACCAUAAUCCCCUUCCUACCUUAGAUCCCAUCGUAGUUGCACUGCCAAAUGACUCAAACGAAUCUGGACAACAAGUGCCAACAUCAGGCGAAACAACAACUGUUGAUAUUGAACCUGCACAGCUGGUCGAAUUGAUUCCGGACAACCUGCAAACAAAUUCUAAAGAUGUGGAUAGUGCUGGUUCUAAUACUUUACCACAGUACUUAUUAGAUCUCAACGAUCCAGAUAUAGCUGGACCAGUCGAAUACACGCCAAGCGAUGAUGGUAGUUCAUUAAAAGUUAUUGCUUGGGAUUUGCUGCCUCCCCAUGAUGCUGAACCACAUAUUAUAACAAAGGAGAACAAUACACCAAAACGUGUAAUUGGGAUUGAAGAUCCAAAAACACACAAUAUCAAAGUGUCUUUAUCAUCAGGAUCAGCUAUAACACCAACACAACAUAUAACAACUGCAAAUAAUGGUUUAACAAAUGGUAAAGUGAGCCCAGUCCCACUAAACAAACAUAUCGCAGAUAAUUUACCAGCAAGUGCUAGUAAUGUAGAUCAACACUUUACCACUCAAAAUAAUGACGAUGAUAAAAGCCAGUCAUCCUCAAAUGAACAAACUCCAGCCAAUAGUAAUGAAGCCAAUAUUGUUGAUACAACUACGAAAAAUCCUGAUCAUAAUCGCGGCAAUACCUAUUAUACAAAAACCACUCCAUAUACCACCACUACAAUAAGAACAACUAGGCCAACCACUACUGCUACAACUACCACUACAACAACUACUCGCCGUCCUACAACCACAACUACACGUCGUACAACAAAAAGCACAACAACAACUACAGCAGCACCACGAACAACUGCAGCACCCAUUGUCUUAACUACCACUGAACCAGUAGACACAUCAAAUUUCUAUAGACUAGAAAACGGUGAUUCGUAUACUUUACCUAGUUGGUUAUCCGGUAUUGAUGAUCCUGACUUAGAUGCCGCUGUUACCUUUAUCAUACCAACAGAUCUAAAUGAAUAUAACCACACUGUUGAUCGUGAUCUUUUACCACCUCUUGAACCUUUUGUAGAUUUAAAAAAUAUCAAUUUACCUGCUCCAGCAGGAGAAAAAACUCAUCCUACUACCACAACUUCUACCACUACUUCUACAACCACUACGACUACAACUACAACAACUAAACGUCCUAGUACAACAACUACACGUCGCACAACCAUCUCAACAUCAAGACCACAUUGGGUGCGUGCUUAUCCAACGACAACUACAACGCCUACAACUUCUCAAAGGUCCAAGACAUCAAACAACGAUCGUUUCUCAGACACUUCAUAUCAUAAUGCACAAGAGCAUGAUAAACCAAUUUCAUCAACCACUUACACAAACUCAAAACCAAAUACACAUGUUAGCACUUCGCACACAGUUCCACCAGGCACAGCAUCAAACCAGAAUGUAAAUGUGUUUAAUCAAGUUUCUACUACUGCCAAUACAGAUCGAGUUCCUAGCAGUGAAGCUGAUAAAUUCGAGCCGAAUCCUGCCAAGCAGCCAAAUCCAUUCUUACCGACACGUAAUAAUGGAGCAUACAAUUUCCAACCGAAACCGUUCUCUAAUCGUGCACCUACAACAACUACAACUACUACAACAACUACACCCGCAACACCUGUGGAAGAGAAUCCGUUUGAUUCGGCUACUGUACCAGCUUGGUUAAAAGAUUUUGAUUAUCCAGAUGUUGGCCCCGGUGUGCCAUUCGUUUAUGAUCCUUCAGAUAUUGAAUCAGAUGUGCUGGAUGACUUGCUACCACCAUCACACGUUGAAACUGAUCCAUCAGAUAUUGCAAAACCAGUAUUUGUGACAUCCUCUCCUUCCUCUUUUAAUGCUUUCCACUCCCAACCACAUUUCACUCAUCAACAACCUUCUUUCAAUUCUGCUUCUAUCCCAUCAAAAGUCACGCAACCUCUUCCAUCUACCAUACCAAACAAUUUCAAUGAUAAUGCGGCUGCGCUAACGCCUAACUUAGCCGUGGAGGAUGCCAACGCCAACGUGGAUGCUGCUAACAAAAUUGCUGUGCUCGCUAAGAAACCAUCACCUAACUUUAACAACAAACAUAAUUUUGCAGCUCCAUUCGAUACUGCAGCAGCACCCAUCGGUGCCACAACACCAGCUGAUCAAGAAUCUUUUCCACCAUUCUCAAAUGUGGGAAUACCUAGUAAGACGAAAAUUACAAAAAGUGAUGAAGGUAAAGUCAUAACAAACAGUGUUUUCUUACAAGGUGCAAGCGGACCAAGUAGUGCAAAACCAUUUGGAUUUGGAACAAACUUUAAUACACAGAAAGACUUCCAAGCAUCUCAAACGAAUCAAUACUUCUCCAGCACAACUGACGGUUUUACCUCUUCAAGUAACACAGGUUUUAGUCCAGGCCCUGCUUCUAGCUACUCCACAUCAUACUCCAAUAUUCAACAAACAAAUACAUUUGGUAAGACCCCAACCGGAGCAGGUAAAUAUACGGGAAGAUUUGGUGGCUCACCCGGUGUUUUAGGUGGCGGUAAGGUUGGUUACGCUGUUCAACCAGAUGGCACAAUACGUGAUCCCGAUCACACAUUCAAACCACCAACUGGUAACAAAGUUGCUGCAACGCCUGCACCUCCUCAACCUCAACAGGGUAUUACACCUGCAUUUUCAGGCUUUUCAAAUCGUGUCGGUACUGCAGUAAGCGCCUCAAAUGCAAACAAAUAUAGUGGCAGGUUUGGUGGACCACCGGGCGUUUUAGUGCCUUAUGAUAAUGUCAAAGCUGGUAGAGCUUGAAGCACUAUAACGAACUUUUAAUUAAUUUAAUUAUUUAUGAAAAAAUAAAAAUAAAUUACUUAUUUAAUUUAUGGUUUAUUUAGUUGUUAAUAUAAUACUCGAUCUGCCUUACAUACUUUUUUCUCUGCUUAUAUAAUUACUAGUAUUUAAGAGAAAGUAACUUCAAUAGACAAUUUCUGCAAUUGUAUAAAUAUGGUUGA